CAUACGGGCUGCAGCCGCGACAUAGCCUCGCCCCCCUGCAGUACCCACUUUUGCGACUGACCUGCCGCGGACCACCACAGAUCGCAACAAACAGCGAACGAAACAGCGACCUCCGCCUCCCCCGGCCCGACAACAACAAGCGUCCGACAGGCCCGGCCCCACUCCUCUGAAUGGUCCGCUCCAACCUCAGGAUCCAGACCGCGACAAACCAUUGGAGGAAUUCUCCGUCACUCAGCCUUGUCUUCCACUUCUACUGGUCGUGUAGCUUGUCUGUCUCGCCCUCGCUUACGAACCCGCCUCCCCUCUUAGUGUUAAUUGGUUAGGGCAUUCCCGCCCCGCCCCCGGGCCAACCCUGUUCUCAGAGUGGUACAGACUCACUAAGUGUGAUUCGUGCGUGUAUGUGUGGUUGGUUUGUGUAGAUUGGCACCCUUCUCCUAUCGGGUACUGGUGUUGUCUUACGUCGGACAGCAGCUAUCGCCCGUUCGAACCUUUGAGAAAAGUCCAACCUUGCUUUCAUUUUGUGACCGGUGCUUGGUCCCUGACACUGACCCGGGCCCAGCUCAAACGUGACUAGCGUGCCUGAAAAUCCUUGGACCAUCUCCAUCCCUGAGCGCAACGGGUGGUCAGGCUAAGGUAGUGCGCGGCACUGGUUCUUUCUUGUUCUCCACGCUCUGGCGCAUCCGGAACCUAGGGCCAUGGUCUGAGUUUCUGGCCGGCGGAAGCGCUCGACAACUCUGAGUUACGGAAGCGCUCUCGGAGGGUCAGGACUCUGCCGCGCCAGAUAUGGCGCCGCCCGCCGGCGGGGCCGCAGCGGCUGCAGAACCUAGUUCACCUGCGGUGCUCCUGGCAGUGCACGCCGCGGUGAGACCUCUGGGCGCCGGGCACGACGCCGAGACGCAGCUACGGAGGCUGCAGUUGAGCGCCGACCCUGAGCGGCCUGGGCGCUUCCGGCUGGGGCUGUUAGGCACCGGGCCAGGGGCGGUCAGUUUUGAAUGGCCCUUGGAGUCUAUUUGCUAUACAGUCCGUGGUCCUAACCAACACGAGCUGCAGCCUCCACAGGGAGGACCUGGAACCUUCAGUGUGCGCUUCCUCAGCUCUCAAGAAGCACAGCAGUGGGCAGCACUGGUGCGAGAUGCCGCCGCCGAGGGACAAAAUGGCAAUGGCAGCCCAGCCCCAAGCCCAGAAAUGUGCCCCAUUUCUCCACCAUGUUCUUCUGUGGCUCAAAUACCUAAAGCAACCCAACCUGAGGUCGAUCUUCCUCAAAGUUCUGGAAAUUUUAAAAAAGAAGAGCUGGCUACACGCCUGUCCCAGGCCAUUGCAGAUGGAGAUGAGAAAGAAGCAGCCCAUGUGGCAGCCAUCUUGGCACAGCAUCAUGUGGCUCUAAAUGUCCAGCUCAUGGAGGCCUGGUUCCCACCAGGUCCUAUCAGGCUGCAAGUCACAGUUGAAGAUGCCACAUCUGUUUUGUCCUCUGCAUCAUCUGCCCAUGUCUCACUGCAGAUCCACCCACACUGCUCCAUUGCAGCCCUCCAGGAACAGGUGUUCUCAGAAUUCGGUUUCCCACCAGCUGUGCAGCGCUGGGUCAUUGGGCGGUGCCUAUGUGUACCUGAACGAAGCCUUGCUUCCUAUGGGGUCUCUCAAGAUGGGGACCCUGCUUUUCUCUACUUGCUUUCAGCCCCUCGAGAAGCUUCAGGACAUAGCCCUCAACACUCCAAGAUGGAUGGGAAAUUAGGAUGCUUGUUUCCUCAGUCACUGGAGCAGCCUCAUACCCGCCAGCCAGCCAGUUCCAGUCUCCCAAGCCCCCCUCAGCCUGGGUGGUCUUGCCCUUCCUGCACCUUCAUCAAUGCCUCAGAUCGCCCUGGCUGUGAGAUGUGUAGCACCCAAAGGCCCUGGGCUUGGGGUCCCCUUACUACAGCCUCCACCUAGAAGCCGCCAAAGGUUAGAGGGAACAUGGCCCUCCUGUCACAGGCCCAAGUCCCUGGAUCACCACCACUUGAACUUCGCAGGGGACCUCUGCUUGUUGGGGACAGAGAUGCAGUAUUAGGGAACAAGGGCCACAAGCCAGUAAUUAAAGACACAUGAGAAACA